AUGGGUGAUGGUCGAAGUAUUGCAGUUAUGAAUGAACCAUGGUGUCGGGGCAGCAAUAAUUCUAGAUUUAUUGUUCCACUUUUAGAGGAUGUUAUGGAGAAUAAGAUAAUUUGGAAGGAGGAACGGGAUGGGGAGUAUUGUGUGAGAUCUGGCUAUCGCAUUUGGUGCAAUGAGUUUCGUAGACACAAUAGUGGUACCGUUAAUGAAGAUUGGAGAUGCGAGUUUUGUGAUCAUCAUACGGAGGACGAGCGGCAUCUCUUUUUGGGUUGUGAUGCUACUAAUCUUUGUUGGAGAUCCUCAGGUUUGUCCAAUAUUCUUGAUUCUCGUCUUCAUUUAUCCACUAACUUCAAGGAAAUUAUUUUUGAUAUUUGUAAGAAAGAAGAUAAAAAGUUAGCGAGAAGGUUUGCGGUUAUGCUUGAAUUAAUAUGGAAGAAUAGGAAUGACUUUAUUUGGCAUCAAGAACAUGAAGAAGCGUCUAAAAUGGGCUUGUGUGCGUCUCAUAGGUGGAAUGAUUGGUUUCACGCACAAGAUGUUAAUGGCAACAAUGCUCAAUCACCUCAUGAUUUGGAGUGGAGGCCUCCGUCAAUAAGUAUUGCUUGGGAUCCAGGGACUCUUAGCCUUGUUGAAGCGGAGGCUUUAGCUCUUAAAGAGGCUAUCCUUGGAGCCCUCGAUAAACCUGAAUUAUGUUAUUUUUUAGAGUGA